CAGAUGCCACAGAGCCAGAUGCACCGGAUGCCACAGAGCCCAGAUGCCGCAGAGCCAGAUGCCACAGAGCCAGAUGCCACAGAGCCAGAUGCACCGGAUGCCACAGAGCCAGAUGCAGCACAGCCAGAUGCCACAGAGCCAGAUGCACCGGAUGCCACAGAUCCAGAUGCCACAGAGCCAGAUGCACCGGAUGCCACAGAUCCAGAUGCCACAGAGCCAGAUGCACCGGAUGCCACCGAGCCAGAUGCCACCGAGCCAGAUGCCACCGAGCCAGACGCAGCAGAGCCAGAGGCAACCACAGAAGCAGCCAGAACGAUCAACGAUUAUCCCUCGUCCCAUCAAUAAUCCACCGCCUCAGCCAGUCCUGAGCUCUAUGAACUUUCUUCAGUCCCAGGCGCCUUCCAGCAGCCAGGGUCCAGCAAAGAAGCCAGUGUCCAAGGGUCUGCCAGCGCCGGCUAUGAUGUACGACUAUGCAGCGGCCUCACCGAG